AUGGCCCUGGAGCGCCAAACCGCCACGCUCCCACCAGCACAGCCCACUGCCAUUCUCCGCGGCCAUGCCUCGCACAUCCACGCAACUUUGUUUGUUCGCCAGAACAGUCGUUUGUUGACGGGCGACGCAGAUGGCUGGGUCGUCCUCUGGAAUGUUCAGACGAAGCGACCAACUGCUGUCUGGCCAGCUCACGAUGGCCCCAUCCUAGCCUUCGCCCAAUGGGGCGAUGCAAAUAUCAUAACAGUCUGGCGACUUGCACUCGAAGACGAGACAGAGAAGCUUUCAUCAACAUUACCUGAAGAUGGGAACCGAGAACACACGCCCAAACCGUGGCUUCUUCAUUCGCUUCCCGUCAACACUCUCAACUUCUGCUCUUUCUCCAUGGGCUAUCAGCAUCCUCCAGCCUCUGUCGCAGAGGAUGACUCCAUCUUUGUGGCAGUCCCGUCAACAGACGACAAGGUGAUCGACGUGUAUAGCUUCCCUGGUGAGCUACUCAAGGUCAGGAUCCCACAGAUACGAACCGUCGAAACAGGCAUGGUCAUGGCCGUGAGAUUUGUUCGUAAUAGAGCCACGCAGAGACUUCUCCUGCUCGCAGGGUAUGAAGGCGGGGUCACUGCAGCCUUCAAGCUGGCUGAAGAACACCCCGACACGAGCGUAGAGACUGCCCAGCUUGUAUACCUCAGUCAACCCCAUUCUCAGCCGAUUCUGUCAUUGGACGCUUCGCCAGAGGGCGACUUCUAUUUCACAUCCUCGGCAGAUGCUAUAGUAGCCAAGCAUCAGAUACCGGAGUUGCCAUCCAUUCCGGGUAAAGAAGACAACGACCCACCCGUACCGUCUUCAGAUCUAUUCACAAAGCAAACUGUUGAUCAGGCGAGCUCCAAGAAAGCGACACCCAGCGGUCUAUCUUCACUGCUUUCGUCGGCCGCACCGCUACCGAAGUUCAAGCCUGCUCCGCCAGUCCAGAAAGUGGUCAGCUUACAAGCCCCGUACAAAACAACAGACACCAAACACGCAGGUCAACAGUCGCUCCGUGUCCGCUCGGAUGGCAGGCUUCUGAUUACCGGUGGUUGGGACUCACGGAUCCGCAUAUACAGCACCAAGACGCUCAAGGAAGUUGCCGUGCUAAAGUGGCACAAGGAAGGAGUCUACUCCACUGCAUUCGGUGAGAUUCUUACACAAGAUGAGAUAGGUCGCGGAGAUGGGGCUACCAAUAAGCGACAAAGAGACCGUGAGGAGCAGUCGAAGCUUAAACACUGGGUCGCGGCAGGAGCUAAAGACGGGAAAGUCAGUUUGUGGGAAGUGUUUUGA